AUGCAAAACAAAGAAUCGCUGAAACUUUUCAUGCGUGUGCUUCGAAGUGUGAGAAAACUUCCUGUUGAUGCACAAGGCUAUUAUCGAAAUUAUGCCUAUCAGCAAUUUCAAAAUCACAAAGCUGAAAAUGAAGAACGAACACAACAAAUUCUAGAAAGAGCAAAACAAGAUAUUGAGUGGAUUGAAAGAAAAUACAACAUUCAUUCGGCUUCCAACAAAUUUAAUUAA